UAGUUGCAUUUCCUCCUAACAUCCUGCGCUGACCCUCCGCCCGGCUCCGACUGGACACACGCCUCCGGAGUCCGGAGCAACAAGCCUCGCUUGGGAAAACAACCGCAAUCUGCUGUUACGAAAAGAUGGGCAGCAUGUAUAAAGAUGAGCAGGGCGACUGGGUCACAGUGUGUCUCAAAUACCUCCUCUUUGUUUUCAACUUCCUGUUCUGGAUGGGCGGCGGGGUGGUGAUGGGUGUUGGGAUCUGGACGCUGGUGGAUAAAGGAGAGUACCUGAGCCUUCUGGCCUCCAGUACAUUCGCCGUAUCCGCCUACAUCCUGAUCCUGGCCGGGGGGCUGGUGAUGGUCACCGGGUUCUUGGGUUGCUGUGCCGUCAUACGUGAGCAGAGGAGCUGUCUCUCCACGUACUUCUCCUGUCUGCUUCUGAUCUUCAUCAUUGAGCUGGUGGCUGGUGUUCUGGCUUAUGUUUAUUACCAGGCGCUGAGUGAAGAGCUGAAGCAGCACUUGAGCAAGACGAUGACAGAGAACUAUGCCCAACCUGGAAAAGAGAGCAUCACUCAGUCUGUGGACAGACUACAGCAGGAUUUCAAGUGCUGCGGGAGCAACAACUCUCUUGAUUGGAUGCACAGCGUGUACAUCAUCAAGUCUCCGGAGGCGGAGAAAAGGGUUGUCCCUGACAGCUGCUGUAAGACCAUCACGCCUCAGUGUGGAAAGAGAGACCACCCCUCCAACAUCUACAAGGUGGAGGGCGGCUGUAUCACGAAACUGGAGCAGUUCCUGGCGGAUCACUUGCUCAUCAUUGGAGCUGUGGGGAUAGGCGUGGCCUGUCUACAGUUAAUAGGAGCAGUGCUGACUGCCUGCUUUAUAUAUCUGCUUUAUAAAGAAGAGGAAGAGGACUUUUCUGAAGUUUGAUUGGCUAGUUCCAAUAUUUGACUCCAGAACCGCUAUGCGAUGAGAAGAUAUGUGGAAUGGUGUUCACCUGUUGCCUGCACAGGCGAAUUAAACUGGACCCGUACUGAUGCUUGGAAACGUAUAUAUACAGUAUGCCUUUCCUGACGCUCCAAUGCAUACACACACACACACACGGCCUUACUACUGUGCCCAUUUAAAACUGCAUGACCAAAUCUACGUGAGGGCUUUAUUAUCUUUCAUUUGCCACAUUUUAGACAAAUGUUGCUAUUGUUGUUGCCUCCUUACGAUCCUAACAGCUUUAAAAUAGUGCACUGUGGUCAUUUAGAUGCAAGGAGGCAGUUAGAAAUGACAUUUUUUUUUUACUUUUAAUAAAUUGUGCUAUCAUCAUAUAACAAAAUAUUUUUUUAUGAACCACAUAUUUGUUUUUAUUUGCUCUUAUUAAAUGUAUGUAAUGUGCUGCUAGAACUCGAACAGGUGUGGGAACCUGCUUAUGGGCACAAAAAUACACUGGACCAACAUCAAAAAUGGGUUGAAGAACAUUUAUUAUUAUAUUUUCCUAUAAAAUAUAUGUAGCUUGUGGAUAGGGCUAUGUUUAGCAAGUUUCAGGUAGUGUUGGUGUUCAUAUUCUGGGGGGAAAAUGGCGUAAUGUCUUAAAACAGAGUGGAAAGCAUGUCUGUAGUCUUUAUAUUUUGUUAUAUUAUGCCAAAUAGGACUCAAGUGUCUUAUUUUAAAUCUGUGGAUCUGUUCAUCAGUUGUUAUUGAAUUGUAAAUCUGUUUGCAAAUCCUAAACCAUUUAAUGCAAAUCAUGUCAAUUGUUUUACACUUCAUUUUAGAUGAAAAAAAAAAAUGAAGUAGCUUUUUGAACCUUAAUGAUAUCCAUCAGGCAGAUUGGCUGAAUAUUAUGUUUACUGGAUUUUACUUUCAUUGAACUGAUGAAUUCCCAGAAUGAGCACUAUUCCAUCAUUGCAUUUGCAGUACUAAUCACAGCUGCAAAAUCUUAAUGUAGUUGCCACAGCAACGUUGGCCUUUUUCGAAUUUCAAUGUCCUUUGGGGAAAAAAUGGUUUGAAAAAAGACAAAAAAUGUAUUGUUACAUUCUUGUUUUCUGUACUGAUUACCACAUGUCAUCAAAUUGCUUUAUGCUAAUGAUAGAUGCUAAUGCAUAUUUUAAAAUGUUGGUAAUACAUUGUGCAAAUUAGCUGUCUCUCAUCAGAGCUGAUUUUAAAAUAUGCAUUUAACCAUCCCAUUAGUUUAGAUAAUAUAUUUAAUCUUUCAUGUGUUUGUAGAUCAAAUGUAUAUUCAUGACGAAAUAUCACCAUUUACUUUGAUAACAAUGGGUUCACUUCAUAAAUUAUUUGCCUUAAGACUAUUGCAUCCUUUUGUGGACAGUAGAGCUUUAUCUGAAACAGCUGUAUGUUUAUUGAAUGUUGUUUUUUUUAAAAUGUAGGCCUACUUCUAAUAAACGUAUUUUGUUGACUGCUUGUACUGACACGCUUUAGCCAAUAGAUGGAGACAAACACAAGUGGAUAAGCUUGCUUCAAGGACAAGGACUAGAACUCGACUUCAACUUUAAAUUGAAAAUCCACCCGGUUCUCAUGUGCUUUUCUAUUAGCAAAGACCCAUUGACAUGCAGCCACUCAUAUCCGGAUAAUAACUUUAAUAUCCGGAUAAUCCAGAUUGUCCUUACAUUUGACCACAUAAAUUUGUCUCUGUUUUCUGUUUCUGUCAGAUAAAAAUCUGAUCUGUAGCUUAAUACUUUCCCCUUGUUGCAAACAAAUCCGAGGAAGCUAAUUUCCUGGUGCCUUUUUGUGAUGUUGCCACAGAAUGUCCUUGUUAUAUGGAUUUGUGUGUAUAAAAGCACGACUUUGAGUUAU